AUGACUUCAGAUUCAAAUAGAAACCAAGAAACUGAAUUUAAGCAAUUAAAGCUUAUAUCCGUCACAUUCAAAGAGGCUUCGUUGGAUUCUCCUUCAUUCAGAGCCACUGUCAAUUAUUUUGAACAUAGAAUCGAUAUAUUCCAAAAACUUUGGCUGGAAAAGAUAUCUGAAUUUAUCAGAGAAAAGUAUUCUCCUGCAUUUCAAAAUUUCGAGACCCAUGUAGGGGUAAUGGUAUCCAAUAUGGAUCCUUUAACCAAAUUAUUCAACACUGGUAUGAUCUCAAAUCAACUGUAUACCCCAAUUUUAGUAGAUAAUACUACUAGUGACUACAGUGAGUUACAAACGCAUUUCACUAGGACAUUGAUUAGGGAUGGUUCAGUAUUAUCCGAGUGUUUAACUCAAUUGAACGAUAAUUGUAUCUCAGUAUACAGAACUUCAAGGAAAAAGUUCGAGAAAACCCAAAAGAUCUACGAUGAUUUAUUAUUUAAGAGUAAUAUUUUAAUCAAACCAAAUCUUGAUGUUGAUCCUGAAGCAUCAAUGAAAAUGGCUUUUGCUAUUUUUGAAGCUAAAAUGAAGUAUUUAAAGGCUGCACUGGAUUUAGUCGAUGUUAUAGCCUCUACAAAAUUACAACUGGAUGAAUUUGUUGUAAAUACAAUCUCAAGGAUAUCAGAUAAUAAUACUAUAAAACAAAAGUUUUCAAGCGAAGUAAUAGAUUUAUCACCAAAAAUGACAAAAUAUGUCAAUGAUUACAAACAGUGGAUGCUUAGAACUGCAAAUGCUGCCAAAGAGUUGAAGAGUGAAAUUGAAUCAGCAAAAAAACAAAUAUAUGACUAUGUUGAAGAACGUGCUCGUCCAUCAACUGAUAUAUUAGAGUAUACAAUUUCCAGAAUUAAUUCUGAAUCCUUGAUUAACAAAAAAAUAUUCGAUUUGAAAGUAAGAAAAGCACCAGAAAAGGCAGGUUGGCUAUUUAUGAAGACAUACAUAGGAUCAUCAACUAAACCAACCUGGGUGCGAAACUGGUGUUUUAUUCAAAAUUCUGUAUUUGGAAUGUUUGUACUUUCUGAUACAAAAACUUAUGUCCAAGAAACUGAUAAAUUUGGGGUUUUGUUAACUCAUGUACGAUAUGAGCCAGAUGAAGAUCGUAAAUACUGUUUUGAAGUUAAAAUUCUAGGUAAUAAAUAUAGUGAAGAAACUGGCGAUAAUGAGAAAGAUCUGACUAUUGUUUUUCACACUGAAAGUCUAAGGGAGUUAAAAUCAUGGUUGACAGCAUUUGCAUUAGCUCAACGUUAUGUAUUAGGAUUAAACAAGAAUAGUUACGAAUAUGAUGUUGCAUUUAGAAGGUUUUCCCCUGAUUUUUUGGAAUUCGCUUCUACAUCCUCAAAUAGUGUAGAAAAAAUGAUAACUAGUAAUGAUGAUAAUACUAGAUCAUUAUUAGAGUUAUUGAAUGCAGAAUUUUCUGAAUAUGACUCCUUAAAAUUUGCAAAUGAAGAAUUAUCGAAAAUUUAUAUUCAAAGCACCAUGAUCUCAACAAAAUUAUCAAAGUUAGCGACUUUUUCUCAUCUCUUUCAAAAUUCGAACUGGUUGCCUUCAGCUCCUAUCGCAAAUAUCUGGGGUGUAACAAAUUGGACAGCCUAUUCUGUAUUGGAUUCUAGCACAAUUUUGAAAGGCAUGACUACUGAUUCUGUGGAAGAUUAUCCACCUAAUUAUCCUAAUGCUAUGAAAAUCAGUGAUAUCGAGUUCAAGAGUAUAUUUUUCUCCAUUGAUCAUAGAGUCUUGAAGUAUCCAGAUUUACUGAUAUUAUUCAAAUUCUCAUCAUUUUGGUGUCCAAAUGAAAGGCAAAGCUUUUCAACAAUAUGUUAUGUUACAGAUUCACAUAUAUACUGUUUCACAAAUACUAAUGGCUUCAUUUCGUUACUGAAAAAUAAGAUUGCUAAUAUCCAAAACAUCGAACAAGACAAAAAUGAAAGUAAUCUUUUGCAUUUUCACGAUAGCAACGGUCCUUACAUUAGUAUUUAUAUUCAUUUUGAUGAACCUAAAGUUAUCCUAACUAAACUGAAAUAUCUGACUAAGAACAGGUGUAUUAAACAACCUAAACAAGGAUCAGAAUUGUAUAGCAUUUUAUCAAAAAUUGAAACUACAAUACUGAAUCAAAAGAAGGAAGAAACUGAAAGACUUGAAAAUGAACUAAUUACUAGAUCAAAACCAAAUCAAUCAGUAAAGAUAAAUGAGGAAGCUGUAAAGUCAUUUUGGGAUAUGAAUGAAGAAAGUUAUAAUACAAUUUUGAGAUCUAAGGAAUUGCAAGAUAAAAGUACAGCCCAUCAUUCUAACACAUAUGAGAUUGGCAGUAAGGGUUUAACACAUAUUAUAUUUGGUAAUAGAUCCGAUGCUUUUCCUACUGCAUUUUAUUUGGCUAAGAAGAAAAAGGUGUAUGACAAGAAUAUUGGUUUAUCAUGGAUGAGAGAUGUCGAUGAGAAAACUGGAGAAGACAUACUUUAUCGUACACUAUCAAUCGAACUGUCAUUAUUUGAUAGAUUAAUCAAUGUCGGAUCUAAUAAAGUCACUUCUGUAGACUCUAAUAGUAUUUCUGUUAAGCAGCGAUUUGUGAAAGCGUUGGAAAAUAAUUAUUAUGAGAUUGAACAAAGUCCUAUUUAUAUUAAAUUACCUCUAUGCCGUUUAUUAAGAGGAGAGCAAAGAUAUACCAUCACUGAGCCUUAUGACCCUGAGUAUCAGAUUGCAAGUAAAUUUUCGAUUCCAAAUAGUAAAUCUUUUUUGACAGUAUUUUACAAUAUAAAUAUUAUUGAUGCCAAAACUGGUAAUGUAGUUACGAGGGAGAGACUACAUGAAAAAAUAAUGAAGAAAUUGGUAAUUAGUAGAUGUCGUUAUGAGUACAUGUGGUUAAAAAAGGUAAUUAAAUAUUAUUUGGAAAGAAUUGGGAAACAUGGUAGGACCAUUAAAGCCAUCAAAAUGUGUGGUGAUUUUACACCAGAUCCUGCAGCUGUUAAGGAUGACAUCACUAAGAACUCUGUAAAAAAUGAUGAUGAGAAAGUGAUUAUUGUUUAUUCAUACACUUUAAUACUAAGGAUAAUAUUGAAAUAUGCAUUUUCGAAAUUUGCUAACGUCAUCCUCCUAUCAGUAAGAGGUAUGUUUGGUAUAGUUCAAUUGCUGGGAACUGGUUUCGCUGAUAUGAGCAAAUUUUCUUUAAUUCUUUUAUUUUUCACAAUUUUAUUGAACAGUUUCUUAUCCUCGAGGUCCAACCUUACUUAUUGGACCACGAAGAGAGUGAACGUGUUCUUUGAUAAUUUCCUUAAGGAAGAUAAUAACGAUCUUCGUAUGGACAGAUUAAUCAUGUUGCAUGAAGAUGAACUAAUUGGGGGAAAUGGAGAUUACAACUCUAACGAGAGUUUACCAGCCUGGUUGAAGUACAAACAGAAAAUGUUUCAUGAUACUGAAUUCAAAGAGAACAGAUACGAAAUUUCUUCUAAGAGAAACAAAAUAUUGAUAGAAUUGAAAUUAUUGAAAAACAUGGAACGUGAAUUGGUCCAUGAACGCUUCCAAGAGUUCCUCGAGAAAGAAAUAGAGAGAUGCAAUCUACUGAAAGAAAAUGCUGGCGAAGUCAUAUCCAAUGACCCUAAAUUAUCAAAUUAUUGCAAAAAUUGUGAAGAGGAAUACGAUAAUCUAAAAUCAUUACUACUGUGA